AUGGGUAGGAGAGAACAGGAAAAUAGAAAGAGGAAGGCUACACCUAAAUCGCUCAAUACAUGGGUCAGUAAAGUACCCCGUCAAGUAGCCUGAGAUCAUGCCCUCUCCUUAUUACCCGUCAAGAGCCAUCAGACGCAGACAAUGACAGUGCAGUCUGCGAUGAUAGCCCAGCUGAAACCACGACUUCAGAUCUAUCUCAGUUAACUACAGUUUUACAGCGAGAUGUAGAAGAUAAAAUCAUACCGAUUUUCGCAAUGUCCACCAGUCUUGAUCCCAUUAUUGUGCUCUGAGAUUUAGUCGCUAUUCCUCGAUAUGAAACAAACUCGCUUAAUAAUUAAAAAGCCAGUGAGGGAACACAAAGAUGCGCCACAAUCCACGCAACGAGCUGUGAAUGUGAAAGGAGUGCGAGGUCGUUAUUGCGGCUGCAUACAUAUAACAGGGCAUGCAUGGGCCAGGAAAGGUUUUCGUCCCUCGCACUAAUGCACAUACAUUAUCAAGUUAAAAUUGUUUUGGAUGAGGUGGUAA